AUGACGAGCACAUCAAACUGCUCGCAAGCGGCCGGUUCACCUCUGAUGAUGCUCUUGUUUAAGGUACCCAACAGCAACACGGCAAUGCAAGAAGGCGGAGAUAGUGAAGAUGAGGCACGAAGACGACGGGAACAACUAAAUCGGAGGCCCUCAUAUCGCCGAGGAGGUCGAGAUGGGUCAUUUGGGGUUGUUCCAGCUGCCGUAAAGUCUUCGUAUGGAUGA